GGGAGAAAGAUGGCGCCCACACACGUACUGAGAUGCUGUCAACGGGGCUUAGCAUGGAUACCUGUGAUUUUUAUCGCCCUGGUCGUCUGCUGGUCGUAUUAUGCCUACGUGGUGAAGCUCUGUAUAUUCACCAUCCCAAGUAUAGGAGAGCAGAUUGUCUACCUGAUCUUCUUCCACCUCUCUUUCAUCAUGUUCGUAUGGUCUUACUGGAAGACCAUCUUCACCAAGCCGGCCAACCCCUCCAAAGAGUUCUGCCUGCCCAAGGCUGAGAAGGAGCGCUAUGAGAAGGAAGAGAGGCCGGAGUCCCAGCAAGAGAUCCUGUGGCGAGCUGCCGCCAGUCUGCCUCUGUACACCCGCACAGGAGCCGGAGCGAUCCGUUACUGCGACCGCUGUCAAGUUAUCAAGCCAGACCGGUGUCAUCACUGCUCCGCAUGUGACAUGUGUGUGCUGAAGAUGGACCACCAUUGUCCCUGGGUGAACAACUGCGUAGGAUUCUCCAAUUACAAGUUUUUCAUCCUUUUCCUGGCCUACUCGCUGGUCUACUGUUUGUUCAUUGCAGCCACCGUGCUGCAGUAUUUCAUAAAGUUCUGGACACUUUGCCGGAGGAAAUCGGCAGAGAACUGCCCAAAGAAUGAGCUGCCGGACACUCACGCCAAAUUCCACGUCCUGUUCCUUUUUUUUGUGGCGGCCAUGUUCUGCAUCAGUAUUCUGUCCCUCUUCAGCUACCACCUGUGGCUUGUAGGGAAGAACAGGUCCACUAUAGAGGCGUUCAGAGCACCAGUCUUUAGAACAGGCUCCGAUAAGAACGGCUUCUCUCUGGGUUUCCGGAAGAAUAUCUCUCAGGUCUUUGGAGACCAGAAGAAGUACUGGCUGCUGCCCGUCUUCACCAGUCAGGGAGACGGUCUGACGUUCCCCACACGGCUGGUCAAUGCUGAUGUAGAGCAGGCCACAGUGACCCUGCAACCAGAGCCCAAUAAAAGUGCUGCUGAUGUUCCUGCGAGCCCUGUCAGCGAGUCACAGAAUCGCCUCCUGAACAACGACCAGCAUGCCAACAACGUCGGAGACCAUCUGGCUAAUGACACCCUCAAAUCAGCUGAAAGUGAAACCAUUACAAUCUCCAUGGAAAGCGAGUCCUAGCCAGGAAAAACUCCUCAGUCAUCUAAUACGAUGCCUUAAGCAACGCAACAGUUUGUCUCCGUGGCAACAGUCUCCCAGCGCAGACCCAUUCAGAGUAACUAUGGAAAUGCAUUUCUUUUGCCCAUCGCAGCACAGUAAUGCAUUUAUGGCAUUGGCAUUUUUCGCAUGCGGUGCAUAGCUCACACCUACCCCCACAGGACAUGUGAUGCAGACUCUCUCUCUCUCACACACACACACUCAUGCUAGCAGUCACACAUGUAAGUCUAUACAUAUUUCCUUGUGUUGUUUAGGUUUUUUUUCCACAGCUUGAGCAUUUUAUGAUGAGAAAAUUGAAGAAUCCUGGAUGGAAUAUGAGCUACUUUUGAUGUUUGAAACUUUUUGUGCCAAAAGCUUCCCGGUCACACCAGGACUCGUUUUCAUGGCGCAAAGCUACAGUGAAGAGUGGGGGACAAGCUGAGGCAGUGUGUUUUCGUUUUGAACAUUAGUCUCUCUCGUGUUUUUAGAAAGGCAGUACUGCUCGCGGAGAUGAAUCGGUUUACCUGUGUGACUUCUUUUUUUUUUUUUUUCUUUGUCUUCUUUUUAACUCAUUAUGUUGGAGCGCAUCUGUGGUCCGCACCUUUUCAGAUGGAUGUUUCCCACCAAAACCCGGACUAUCUUACAGAGGACUCUACUGCACGGUUCAGUGGACUGAACCAGUGCAACACAGGGACGACUGUAGCUGGGUCUUGGGUGGCGUUUUGGAUAUCAGAGCACAAGAUGGCACAUUUGCACUUUGUAGAUUAUCAAUGUCCAUCAAACAGCGUGCUGCUUUUUUAUCAUCUCCAAAAAGCAUCCCAGGUAUAUAGGAUGUUGGAUGAUCAUGUGAUUUAUGGCGUAUUGUUUGCGUGUGUGAAUGUGUUUAACAUAUGAAGUGGCAGUCUUCUGGGUUUUUUAUUUUACUUUUUUUUUUAAGAACUAACAGAAACUAAAAGAAUCAGCUUUAUGUGUUUUUGUGGCCAACUGGUGUUAAAACAUGCUGCUUUUAAAUGGACAGUUUGACCUGGGAGAUAUAUUUCACACAGUGCAAUGUGCAGCGUCUGUCACUACCUGUUUCUUUUAAAGUCAGCUAAUUAUGUCGUAUGCCGAUCAGUGAUUUUUCUACAGCUUCAACCUUUACUAAGACACUAACACUCAUUGCCAAAUAAGGGCUGACCUGUCAGGAGCUCUGACCUCUGAACCUGAAGUGUUUACAACAUCCUAGCUUUACCCUCACUGGCCAAUGUCAUCAAAACCAAAUUGUUUCUACCAGUCGCAGUGGCGCAAUAUUUUAUGCAAGGUUCAUCUGUCCCUCCUGCCUGUAGUGGGCCAUGAUGUCCUUGCAAUACCAGUGCUGGCCGUCAGAUGGCGACAGCGCUCCUGCUAUCUGCUGUCAUUCAGAUGGCGCUUUUUCUCAACUUUAUCGACAUGUGGCUCAGGGCUCAGUUCACUUUCAGUCUAAUUUGCAGGUGCAGCUUUCUUCAGAAAUAAAUCUUGUUAUAAGAUGGCAUUAAUAUGCAUUAUUUUCCUGCAAUGACAUCCAUAUUUAAUUUGAAUUGAAAGUGGAUUGAACCCAUCUGGUCUACUGUAAAACUGAGGCGUCGACUACUUUGUCUACUCAGCCUGUGCUUUGGGAGUCAGCUCAGUGUUGUGACCUUGAACUGUUAAAGGAGCCUCAUCUUGGCUAAAUCUCAACACUGGCUCGCAUCAAGGUUGAACAUCUGGGAUGUGACAGUGACUCAGAGGGUCUAACAAGAUCUUUGCAGGAAGACAGAAUGAGAUUUCAUGACUCAUGCAUAUCACAACAUGUGAAUAUCUGUUAAAGAAUGGACUAUUUUGUCAGUAUAACCAAAUAACAAUUGUUCAGGACUGAGUUACAUCCUUUUCCAAGGAAUUUUGUCACUUAUGCAACUUUCCGAUUCACACUGGAGGGAGAACCUGCAAAUUCCUGAUGUCUGUCAUUGCUCCGCCUGAUCACAUCCCUGACUAUUGCUGGACGAGCCUCCUACUAACUAGAUCCCACCAGACUCCGCUGAUGUACAAGUUUACAGCUGUUUCUAUCGUGUAGAGUGAGUUAGUGGCGUUGUACGGUGUGUUUUCUUGGUAAUCGUUGUCACAGUUGUGUUGAAUGUACCCCCAGGCGGGACAGUGAGGGCAUUUGACCGAACGAUGGCGCAUUAAAAACCACCCGCUCUUUAAACUUUAUGUUUACGCUUUGUCCUCCCAAUCAUGGUUGACCUUUUGAGCCCAAGUGUACAGACCUGAUCAAAAUCUUAAGACCA